UGAGAUAAAUCACGGCGAUUUUUAUGCCAAUGGCAAUGUUGCGAAUAAUUAUCCGAAUGACCAUGACGGCAAAGCCAAAGACGAGCAUUGGACCACAUCAGUGAAGAAAUUUUUCACCGCACCGCCGUCUUUUUUGAAGCAGGACCCAGCGAGUUAUCAGUACGAUCAGUCGUAUCAGCACGACUACUUCUACCCCGGACGAGCAGCUGCACCAGUCCCACCACCACCCGCGCCUGUUACAUCAACUUCUUCUCCUUCUUCUUCCAAGCCCCGUCGAACUAGCCCCGAAGAAAAGCAAGCGAAAAAGGAGAAAAAACAGGAGAAUAAACGGAAAGCAAAACUGGCGAGAAAAGAGGCAGAGCAGGACCGGAUAAAAGCGGUUAAAGAAACCUACGAGCAGCAGAAGGAGCUUUUGCAAGCGGCGAUCAAGCAAAGAAGGGACGAACUAGAACAACGACUGAAAAAACAGAUCCAGCAGAAGGAAAAAACGGAAAGAACUGCGAAAAACGGCAUGGACGCUGCAUUGCUUUUAUGCAAUGUUUACAAACGUCUCGUACACGACGUACAAGACGCGUCACAGAUUUCGCCAACUUACAAUGUAACACAUGUCAACAUGCUGACUAGGAUCGCAGGCAAGGUUUGUCAUGCAGCAACCGCAUUUGUACGUGAACGUGUACGGGAAUAAAUUUGCUGUUGUGUUGUAUACCUGUUAUCGAGAAACCAUUUGGACGAGGCCAUUUUCCGCACUCGGACGCAGUUGGACGAGGCAAACUGGAAAACGAGGGAGCUGCUCGACCGUGGGCUGUCGCAAAACCGCCAAUUCUUUGACGAGGCAGUGGUGCAUGCGAGGGUGCUGCUCGAUACGGCCAUUGCCGGCACAGUUUAUUCGACAACAUCUUCGCCUGAUCUUGAUGGUGGAGAUGAAAACAAGAAAGACAUCAACUCCUACGGUGCGGGGUCCGGCGCUCCUGUAGCAGAUCUCGCAAAGUUCAAGAAAGACGUGAACACGUUUAAAGAAACAGACAAUGCCGCUAGCACCUUAGAAAACUACGACGACAUUGCGGCUUUACUGCAACAGGCAGUGUCGGCGGUGCAGGUGCCUUUUGGUGAGCAAGCAACGCGUGUAGCUGUUGCUGGAGAGAUGUCAUCUUCCUCCUCGUCGAGUGAUAGCGACGCCGGUCGUGGUCCUGGAUAUUACCAUGAUUACCACCACCACUACGCCGCCGAUUCGUCUGCAUUGGGGCACUAUGGUUUCCACUCGGACCAACCGAAUUAUGCGCAGAUCAUACAUCAGGGUUCGUACUAUGCAGCUGCUGCUGGUGCUGCCCAUGGCUAUGGCUCUCAGCCUCAGGAGUACCAAAUACACGGCUCUGAAGAAAACCGAGAGUACCAAACACGUCGGCUGCGCGGUAGUGCUGCGGAAAUAGAAGAAGCGUCGUCGCCGUUAGAGGAUUCAGCAGCAUCAGAGUUGGACAACAAGGGCGAUGCUGCUACCGUUCCCGUGAUGAUUUCCAAGGUUAGUGCGAGUGGGGAAGAGGUCGUACUAUCCUCGCGGAAUAAAGCUGCACUCGCUGCUGCUACAGAAGGACAAGAUAAAAGCGUGAGCAGCUCAUCGCGGCAGGCAGCCAACACCACCACGACCUCGGCACUAAAAGAGGCAACGGAAGGACGAAGUAGUUCCGGCACCGAUGUGGUCGACAUCAAAGAACCCCCAUCAAACAUGACGGCGGCAAAGCCGAAGGAUGGAGAAAAGAAACUGGAUCAAGAAGAACCCUCGUUGAAGGGUGACAAAGAAGAGAUGGCGAAAGCAAAGCCAGAGGUGGAGCCCCCGCAGUCUACUUCCUCCACCAAACCGAGGCAAGAGCUGGCCGCGAACUCGAAUUAUGUUGUCACCAAACAAGCCACGACCUCAAACGUCGACCCUCCACCCCUCCCCCCAUUCCUGAUUUCACACCUAGCCGGUGUGAGCAAACUGCCGCUCGGGAAGUGGGGUUUCGCGGGUUGGUACCAAAGUUCCAUCGACUCUAAUCUUUUGUAUGAAUUGCAAAAGUAUCGGACUCGUAUUGCAAUCAUGCAUUUACAAACUUUACUCCGAAGCUCAAUCCGCAUGUACAAAUUUUAUUUCUCAUGCCGAGGAAAUUUGCAAUGCAUUUAUACGAGUACGUCGAUACUUUAUUUGCAAUGCAUAUCUUGAACGACACAACAAUUUCACCGAAAGAUAAGCUCGAGCAGCUUUUCGGUAUCAGACUCGCGUGGGACAGGUCGCAGUUUCCGAAAGUCCCAGUGACGAAAGUUGCAGAAAAUUCCUGCGCAGCGAAGAACGGGAUCGUAAGUGGCGACUUUCUAGUCGCGUUUUCGGGCGAGAAAAUAGGCAACGUGAAAAGUCUUCCCGGAUUCACCGAAGCAGCGCCAGAGUUGGCGAUUGUCGAGAAAGUGCAACGGGCGGAGGCGAGGCUGAAAAAGUCCGGAAAUUACGGGAAAGAAAACCUGUGUGGAUUCAUUUUCCUGCGAAAGAAAUAUGCGGAUCAGUAUUUGCAGCUGGGGAUGACCAUACCGACUACAACAUCUGGAGGCGAAAACGAAAAAUUUCUCGCCGAGAAAACUCUGGGCUUCGACGUGAUCAGUUACAAAUCGAAUUCGCUGGAGAUGGAGAUCCUGCAAGUGGGAAAAAUCUCAACAACCGAUGCAACUUCGUUCGCAGUCCAGAACAAACUGCAGGAAAAGGACAUUCUGGUCUUUCUCGGCGAGGCGAAACCGUUGUUGAGUGGCGCGGUGGACAGAGAAGGAUUUUCGAAGGCGGUGACAUCAGGAGAGCAGGUACAAAUAUCAAAUGCUUCGAGCGAAAGUCCUGCAAGAACUCCGACGGUCGAGCUUCUCAUCCGCCGCUGCACCCCGGAAGGCUGGCCCAAAGCUCAAAUUCUCGAGGAAACCAAACGGCUCAACGGAAGUAGCGUUGUAGUUGGACGUGGUGAUGGUGAAUUGACCGGAGUUCUUUCCACAACAGUGAAAUCCACGCCACCUCCGACUGAAGAAGGUAUGGUAAGUAGUACAAACCGAGGAAGUGGUGCGACAUCAAGCGAAGGUGCGAACAAGCAAGCGAAACCUAUUCCCCCAACAUCCAAGACGAAUACAACAUCAGGCCCGCAGUGGUUGAUUUCUGUGCUCGCGGGCAUUCCGAAGCUGCCGCUUGCGAAGUGGGGUUUCGCCGGUUGGUACCAGAGCUCCAUCGACGAAGCAGUUUUGAACGACUAUGGAAGUGUCAGGAUCGAAAUAAUCGACAAAGUUGAAAUGAUUUGCCAUGCAUAAAAUGGAUGCCAGUUGGUGCCUAGUUUUCAAGUGGCGCAUGACAAAUCUGGGAAGAGUCGAAAUCUUGUCUGUAAUGCUCUUUGGGUAAGGAAGACGCCUUUUGUCAUGCUACAUUUUUAGCAGCUCUAUUGCUACCCCUCAACAGGCUUACAAUCUGCCUCCCUUCCCUACUCUGCAAGACAGGCACUUUGUGGGUUGCAUUUUAUGCAUCACAAACUAUUUCAACUUUGACGAUUUCAAUCCGGGCACCCCCAUAACGACGCGAAAAAAGCUGCGCGUGAGAAAGUCGAAGCCCUGUUCGGGUUCACUUUAGCCUGGGAAAAAUUUCUACCAUGUGCAAAAGUAUCGUACUCGUACUAAUUGCAAAUAUGCAUGACAAAUGUUUUUCUCAAGGUAAAACAGCAUUACAAAUUGCAUUUGUCUUGCUGAGCUAAUUUGCCAUGCAAUUUAUACUAGUACGAUGCUUUUGCAAUUCAUAUUUUCCGAAGGUAGUUGUGAAAACCGUGAACCAGGCAGAGACGUCCCGAGCCAAGAAAAAUGGGGUGGUCGCGGGGGAUUUUCUGGUAAACUUUUCCGGGGAGAAGAUCAGCAACGUGAAGCUGACUCUGGAGAAAUACAGAAACGCGAAAAGUCCGGAAGAAGCGAUCGUGCAAAAGGUGCAGAGGGCAUUGGAACGAUUGAAAAGAUCGGGAAAUUACGGCAAGGAAAAUCUGACCGGAUUUGUGUUUCUAAGGAAAAAGUACGCGAGUCAGUACCUGCAACUUCGGGUAAAAGUACCAAACGAAGUUGUAGGCGAAGAUGAGUCAACAGCUGCUGGAAGUAGAACAGCGGAAAGAAGUCUCGGGUUUCAAGUGGUGUCCUACAAGUCAAACUCUCUCGAGAUGGAGAUUUUGCAGGUCGGCAAAGUGCUGGACCGCGAUGCUGGUAAGCCAGACUCCUUUGCGGUGAGCAACAAGCUGCAGCAAAAAGACGUUUUGGUUUGUUUUAACGAAAAAUCGCUGCUGAGCGGGGCCGUGGACAAAGAUGCGUUCUGGGAACUGGUUUCGGACGAGAGCAAAAAUCCUUCCGAAGCGAUGAACACAGCACCGAACAACGAGAUUUUGCUCCGACGAUGUUUGCCAGAAGGCUGGCCGCAGGACCAAAUUGAUGCGGAAACGGAGCGGCUAAGGGUGCAGAUGUGAUUUGUUUCCUCGGUGGAAUAAUUAAAGAAAAACACGACGAAGUAGUUGGGAGACAAUUCGACGAAGCAAUUGACCACAGGAGAGGUCCUCAUGUCCUGUCGUUGUGCCAUUGUUGACCUGUGUGGGCAAAUCACCUGUUGAUGCCGCAUUUUCC